UCCUUAAUUCCUACAGUUCUGUGUCGCCCAACCUGACCCUCUCUUCCAUGGCGUGAGUAGGUGUCGAGCGAGCUUCUUCGUCUUCUCUCGCACAGACUCUGACGAUACUCUCUCGCUCUUCUUCUUCUUCUUCACUGACUCCGACGCGUUCGAACUUCGAUUGCAUCGCCGAUCGAAUCGCCGCCUCCCUCUCGCUCAAUCGCCUGAACUGUUCGCUCGAAUCGCAUUGCCUCGCAGUCUCGCCGCCCAAGCACGUUCCCGGGGGUUACUGAUGCGCGUGCAUCGAUGGUAGCACACUGAGUACAUGAAUCCGGACGCGGAAGAGUCAACCAAUGAGGCCUAAGAAGCGAAACUCUGCUCCGAGGUCCAAGCAGUCUUCGGCGUCUCCCGCCGCGGCCGCCGAUGGUCGCGGCCAGGGCGAAGGUGAGUCGGGCCCUAUCUUAGAUAAGACGAAAGCCGGGGUGGCGAAUGAAUCGGAGGGUUCGGAUUACUCCGCAAUCAAGCUCGAGUGUGAGCGAGCCCUAAACGCGCUUCGGCGCGGGAACCACACCAAAGCCCUAAGGCUGAUGAAGGAGUCGUGUGCUCAACACGAGAGCUCCCCGCACUCGGCUUUUAUUCAUAGAUUCCAGGGCACCGUGUGUGUCAAAGUGGCGGCUAUUAUCGAUGAUCCUAACGCGAAGCAGCGUCACAUGAGGAAUGCCAUUGAAUCUGCCCGUAGAGCUGUCGAGUUGUCCCCGAGUUCCGUUGAGUUUGCGCAUUUUUAUGCGAAUUUGCUUUUUGAUGCGGCAAACGAUGGGAAGGACUAUGACGAAGUGGUCGCGGAGUGUACUAGAGCAUUGGCUAUUGAGAAUCCCGUUGAUCCUGCUAAAGAGAGUUUACAGGAGGAGAGCCAGCAGAAGAUUACGAGUGCCAAGGCGCGGAUAGAGCAUGUGCAAGGUGAGCUAAGGAGCCUGAUUCAGAAGUCAAACAUUGGCUCUCUCUCAACUUGGAUGAAGAAUAUCGGCGGUGAAGAGAAGUUUAGGUUGAUUCCCAUUAGGAGGGUUGCCGAGGACCCGAUGGAGGUCCGGUUAGUUCAACCCAGGAGGCCCAAUGAGAUAAAGAAGGCGACUAAGACGCCAGAGGAGCGGAGGAAGGAGAUUGAAGUUAGAGUUGCUGCUGCAAGGCUUUUGCAGCAGAAAUCUGAGACUCCCACUGUGCAAAAUGAGGGUGAAAGAGGAUUGGAUUCUUCUGGUGGGAGUGGCCAGAGAGGGCUUGAGAAACGAAAGCAUGGGAAGAAAAGUGGGUCUACUGCGGAGAGGAAAGAUUGGGUUCGAUCUUAUUGGAAUACGCUGAGUGUUCCCAUGAAGAAAGAGAUGCUUAGGAUUAGGAUUUGUGACAUCAAGGCAUAUUUUGGAUCUAAUGAGGUUUUGGAAGAGGCUUUGGAGUAUGCUGAGACUAAUAAGAUAUGGAAGCUUUGGGUCUGUUGUAGAUGCAGUGAAAAGUUUCCUGACUCGGAAUCCCAUAUGCAGCACGUCGUUCAGGAGCACAUGGGUAACCUUCUACCGAAAAUGCAGUCAGUUUUGCCACAAAAUGUUGACAGUGAGUGGGCUGACAUGAUCCUUAAUUGCUCUUGGAAACCACUUGAUCUUUCUGCUGCACUGAAGAUGCUAGGAGAUCGGCAGAAAUGUCAGGGCAUGGAUCCCAAUGAGGAAUUUUGCUCAGAGAACAAUGCAGAUGAUUGUGAUGACUGCUUUAAAGAUGCUUGGGAUUCCUCCCCUGCUAAAAUUGAUUUUGGUUAUAAUUGCAAUGGUUCUACUGAUAAAGACAGUAAUAACAUUGAUAAAGACAUUGAUCAUGCCGGGUCAGAUUCGAAUAAGGUUUUCAUUGAUAGCUGGCCAAUGUCGGAUGAUCCCGAGUGUGCGAAGCUCUUGGAAAGAAUCCGUUCUCUGUUUGAGGUUCUCAUCAGAAACAAAUGCCUUGCCGCUAGCCAUCUCAGUAAGAUCCUCCAGUUUACAGCGGAUGAACUUCAGGGUGUCACUUCAGGUUCUCAGCUCCUGCACCAGGGGGUGGAUCAUGGGCCGACUCGCAUGUGCUUCUUAGGAGCAGCUCAACUGAAGAAGAUCGUUAAAUUCUUGCAGGAGCUUUGUCAUUCUGCUGGUUUGAGCAGAUACUCUGAGAAGACUACUGGCCCCAUAGAUGAUGCUACUUUUGUAUCACAAGAAGUGGAGAUUAAGGAGAAAAUCGUCCUUAGUGGGGAUGCGUCGUGCUUAAUCCUAGAUGAAAGUUUACUUCCUACAGAGUGCACAACGGGUAGUAGUCAUGACUCUGGUGGAUAUGAUGCUGCUGGGCUGACUUCUUGUCAAGUAGGCGCCUAUGCUGAUACUCUGUUGUCCUGGAUGUAUGCAGGUCCCUCGAGUGGGGAGCCAUCGGCAUCUUGGGUCCGCAGAAAAGAAGAGAAAACGCAUCAAGGAAUGGAAAUCCUCCAAAUGCUUGAGAAGGAAUUUUAUUUACUUCAGAACCUCUGUGAGAGAAAAUGUGAGCUUAUUGGCUUUGAAGAAGCUCUGCAAGCACUGGAGGACCUUUGUAUUGAGGAGGCCAAGAAAAGGGAGAACGCUGAUGAGUUUGCACACCGAAGCUUUGAGUCUGUUCUGAGGAAAAGGAGAGAGGAACUUAAGGGCGAUGAAAAUGAACUUACUUUUGUUGGCAAUAGAAUUGAGUCAGAGGUGAUAGGAAGUGUCCUAAGAGAAGCAGAAGCUUUGAAUGCUAAUCAAUUUGGUUAUGAUGAUGCGUUUAGUGGAGCAGCUUCUCAUUUUUGUGACCUGGAAUCUGGGGAAGAUGAGGAUUGGAGAACUAAAGACUAUCUGCAUCAAGUCGAUACUUGCAUAGAAGUUACAAUUCAGAAACAGAAAGAAGAAUUUUCUACUGAGAUUAGCAAAAUCGAUACUCGAAUAAUGCGAAAUGUCGCUGGGAUGCAGCAAUUGGAACUUAAUCUGGAGGCUCUUUCUGUAUACGAUUAUCGGUGGAUAGUGCUGCCUUUAGUCAAGUUGUACAUGAAGACACACUUGGAGGAUCUAGCAGAGAAAGAUGCGACCAAGAAGUCUGAUGCUGCGAGGGAGGCAUUUUUGGCAGAACUUGCCCUUGAUUCAAAAAAAGUCUCUAAAGGAGGAAGUGACACUUCGAGGCAUGCACAAGAGAGGACAAAGGAUAGGAAAAGGCACAAAGAGUAUAGAAAAACCAAGGCCACCAAGGCUAGUGGAAUUGACGAGCAACAAAUCUUUUACCUAGAGAUCGAUGAACCAGAUUCUCCAUCGGUGGCAUCUGAUGGCGACCAGCCGGAUUCUGAUAUCGUAGCUUAUAUGAAGGAUGAUGACUUGAAAGAACUGGAAGAGGAAAUGAGAAGGAAAAUUGAGCUUGAAGCUGAGGAAAGAAAGCUUGAAGAAACUUUGGAGUACCAGAGACAAAUUGAGAAUGAAGCCAAACGGAGGCAGCUUGCUGAGCAACAAAAAAAAUUCACCAGCACAACUUUGAAGCUGGGUCAAGGAUAUCCUGAUGUUACUUUGGAGAGUCAAGCUGACGAUCAAAAUGGACACGAACAGUUCAAAUCUCCUUUUCUGUUGGGACUGAAGAAUGACCUGCCAAAUAAUCAUGAGACCACUUCAGGGUAUCUUGAUAAUUUGAUGGACAGAAGUACAGAUGAGACGAGAGUUCAAGGAGGCCUCCCCAAUGGAAGACUUUCUGAGGAUGGUGUUUUGGUCUCUGAUAGACGAACAGGAAGGAGAGGCAGGCGCCAUAAGAGUUCCACCAAACCAUUGGAGGGAAGCUAUGGAAGUUUUCCUUCCAGAAAAGAAAAUGUUGAAGCUGGGACUGCACAUGUUGAGGGCCCAUUCCUAAAUGACCGAGAUACAGAUGGCGGAGGACAUCAGACAAAGACAUUGAGACAAUUACAAGCAGAGGAGGAUGAUGAAGAAAGAUUUCAGGCUGACCUUAAAAAAGCUGUCAGCCAGAGUCUUGACACAUUUCAAGCACGUCAGAAGUCCCCUUUAACUUCUUCUUUACUGAGGUCGCACGAGCCAUCCAGAACUGCAGAUGAUAUCAGUGUAACAUGUGGUGAGGCAAUAAUGGACACCAAACACGGAGCAGAUGUUUUUGGUACAGGAUUGCAGAACGAAAUUGGUGAAUAUAAUUGCUUUCUGAAUGUAAUCAUACAGUCACUGUGGCAUUUAAGGCAGUUCCGCAAUGAGUUCUUGAAAAGACCUCUGCUAGAACAUGCACAUGUGGGAGAUCCUUGUGUUGUAUGUGCCCUUCAUGAUAUCUUCACUGCUCUGAGCACAGCGACUGCAGAUACGCGGAAAGAAGCCAUUGCUCCUACUCCUCUGAGAAUAGCUUUAAGUAACCUGUACCCAGAUAGUAAUUUCUUCCAGGAGGCUCAGAUGAAUGAUGCUUCUGAAGUCUUGGCAGUAAUUUUUGACUGCCUUCACCGGUCAUUUACAUAUUGUUCAAGUGUUUCUGAUGAUGAAUCAGAUGAGAGUAAUUCUAGAGGAUCCUGGGAUUGUAAAUCUUGUCUUGUACACACUCUCUUUGGAAUGGAUAUCUUUGAGCGAAUGAAUUGCUACAAUUGCGGGUUGGAAUCCAGACAUCUGAAAUAUACUUCGUUCUUUCACAAUAUUAAUGCCAAUGCCCUCAGAACAAUGAAGGUCAUGUGUGCAGAGAGCUCAUUCGAUGAGCUUUUAAAUCUUGUGGAGAUGAACCAUCAGUUAGCUUGUGAUCCUGAGUCUGGCGGGUGUGGGAAGCUCAAUCACAUACAUCAUUUCCUCUCCACUGCUCCCCAUGUUUUCACUACAGUUGUAGGUUGGCAGAACACUAGCGAGAGUGCUGAUGACAUAGCAGCAACAUUGUCAGCCCUCAGUACUGAGAUAGAUAUCAGCGUCCUCUAUCGUGGUCUUGAUCCUAAGCAUAUGCAUAACUUGGUUUCAGUGGUUUGCUACUACGGGCAGCAUUACCAUUGCUUUGCCUAUAGUUAUGAACAUGAAAAGUGGAUCAUGUAUGAUGAUAAAACCGUCAAAGUAAUUGGUAGCUGGGCAGAUGUUCUCACAAUGUGUGAGAGAGGGCAUUUGCAACCUCAGGUUUUGUUUUUUGAAGCUGAGAAAUAGACAGAUUAUUUUUCCUCUCCAUACUUUUGCGGCCGCUGGACAUCUCAAAAUCUAGAUUACGUGACCUUUGCUGGUUUCGAAUUGUGAGAAACUAUUCAUACCGGGGUAUAUUGAAGCUCUUGCUGUUCAGAUAACGAUGCGUAUCGCCAGCAUUUUAGAAAGAAGUUGAGAGAAGAUUCCAGACGAAGUGAAGUUUGGUGUAAAAUGAGAACUUUUGGCGAUAACAUCGGAUUUUGCUUUGGAGCAGUGGGUACUCCCUAGAGGGGGAACAGUGUGUUGAAAUUUUGGUCUUCAAGGACAUUAGAGGUUGGAGGAAGCUGUGUUCUUCCACAAGAUUUAUUGAGAGGUAGGGUCUGAUUCUAAGGCGUGCCUCCUGACGAUCCAAUAAGGUGGGUUUGCCGAGGAUAAAGACGGUAGGUGCAAGUUCGUCUGCCCAUGUAAAUUUGGGAGCCUAUCAUGACGACAUCUCGGGAAGUGGUACAUCCAGGCGUUGGCAGGCGAAUACACCAGUUGUAAUGGGCGAUAAAUUAUUCUAGGUGCAAAAGCGCUCUAUAUAAUGCUUAUAUGAGUAUUUUCCCCAAGUUAAAAUAGUGUAUAAGGCAUGGCAUGGCCCGUGUCCUUCGACGUUGAUGAUUGCGAAAAAGGUAAUUCUUGUAUGUCGAUGAAAUUUUUUGACGGGGAAAAUAAAAGUAGCUUUUUCUGUUU